AUGCAGGCUCUUGCAUCAUACUUUUCUGAUUUUUAUAUUCGAAUUGAAGAACCCACAAGAGAACGUUUUCCUGGUGAAGAAGUUUGUGGUACGUCCGAAUUUAUCACUCAACUGUAUAACGUUGUUUGUUGUUUGAAUAAACCUUUAUUCACUCGGUUUUCAAAUCCAAAUUUAGGAGUUAUUACUUUAAAAAGUUCCAAACCCGUAAAAAAGUCGGCCAUUCGACUUAAAUUCAAAGGAAAGGUCACAUUAGAAGCUAAAGAUCAUGAGUUUCAUCUUUUUGAAAAGGAAAUACCGGUAGAAGAGCUUGUGCGAGCACGAAAAAAGAAUCAACGCUUUUCAUUCUCAUUGAAUUUACCAACUGAUGAUAUACCAUCGUCUUGUACGUUUUCCGGAUACACAAUAACGUAUACUUUAAAAGCAACAAUACAAACAGUUUCAUGGUUAUCAGAAGCGUUAUUGCCGAAAUGUUUUACAGAGAUUAAAGUAUUAGAUCACAUAAAUAUAUCAAAUUAUCCCCCACCAAUAAUUAAACCUUUUCAAAUUGAAGUUAAGGGGAAGAAAAAUAGGCAUGGUUUAGCUCAUACAAAUGUUGAAAUACCAAAAGGGGCAAUUAUGAGAGGUGAAACACUUCCGAUUCGUAUUCAUAUUAGCCAUAUUGUUCCAAUCAAGAAUCUUGAAGGCGUGCUUAUAGCUUUAUAUAGAAGAACAAAAAUUAUACUAAGGGAUGGCAAAGAAGAAGUUGUACGUGAAGUAGUAGCAUCGACGGUUUCGCCUAUUCUAAUUGAUCCAGUUUCACUUGAAACAAUAAUUAAUACAAAAUUAACAAUACCAAAUGAAAUACCGCCAACAAUUAGUAAUGGGAAAUUUUUUUUCGUAUCAUAUUUAUUAGAAGUUCAUGUAGAUUUAACAAUUAAGAAAACUAUAUUUGAAUCCUCAAGUAGGAUAGGGAAACAUAAUUAUACUCAUCUUAGGAAAAAAUUGGGAAGAUAUAAUGGUUAUUUUAAUAUACCACUGGUAAUAGGUACUACCAACAGUAACAAUUGUGAUAGCAAUAAUGGACAAAUUGAUAUGCAAAAUCCUUCAGUUUCAUGUCUUCCUAUCCCUAAUUUCUCUUCUCGUAGUCAUGCUAGGCGUUCAAGUGAAUGGACUAUCAUUUCUUCAAAUAAUUCAAUUGGUCCUUCUCCUUCAUUUUUAUCAAUUAGUUUACCAGAUUCACAACUUAGUCAACAUUGUGAUAAUAAUAGUAAUGUAAUUCCUUGGGAUGGAUUCAUUUCACCUGUGCCAUCAGCUCCUUCCCAUGCAUCAUUUUAA